UGAUGAUCAGUGUAGCCCCAUCAGUGCCACCUGUCAGUGCCCAUCGAUGCCACCUAUCAGUGCCUACCAGUGCACAUCAAUGCCACAUAUCAGUGCCCAUCAGAGCUGCCUUUCAGUGCCAACUAUCAGUGCCAGUCAGUGCCACCUAUCAGUGCCAGUGAGUGCCACCUAUCAGUGCCAGUCAGUGCCACCUAUUGGUGCCAGUCAGUGUCGUUUAUCAGUGCCAGUCAGUGCCACCUAACAGUUCCAAUCAGUGCUGCCUAUCAUUGCCAUCAGUGCCACCUAUCAAUGCCAAUCAGUGCCACCUAUCAGUGCUGCCAAUCAGUGCCACCUAUCAGUGCCAGUCAGUGCCGCCUAGCAGUGCCCGUCAGUGCCACCUAUCAGUGCCAGUCAGUGCCGCCUAACAGUGCCAGUCAGUGCCACCUAACAGUGCCAGUCAGUGCUGCCUAUCAGUGCCAGUCAGUGCCACCUAUCAGUGCCUCCUAUCAG